AUGGAGCGCUAUAUGAAAAAUACUCAUACAUUUGCUGAAGAAAGUUUAGUGAAAACUUCUUUAUUAAUUAAAGGUCUUGCAGGCGUAGUUUUUGUUGUGGUUAUUCCACUAGAGCUUCUUGUAAGCUCAACACUGCGAGAUUGGGGUGGGAGCUUAAUUGAAGAUAUCCAAGAAUAUCGCACUCAAGCCUGAGAUGAUUUCUUUAAAUAUGUAUCAUAUAUUGGCGACAGCUGGCUAAUUAUCGUUUUAGGUCCUGCGUUUUACAACUUUUUUGACACAAGAAAAGCAAUUAAAUUAAUUAUCAUCUCAUCAUUUACAGGAUUUAUUACUAGCUUUUUGCAGCUGCUUUUCCAAGAGCCCAGACCAUUUUGAACAAGCAGUGAUAUUAGAGGAAUUACUUGUGACUUAGGCUUUGCAGAUCCAUCUUUUCAUAUGAUGAUGGGAACAGUAUUUUUCUUUACACUUGCAAUAGAGUUUUUCCAUAACUGGAGGGAUAUUUUUAGAUAUACUGCUUAUUUUCUUUUAUUUUUAAUACUAUCCUUGGUUGGGUUCAGCAGAGUUUACCUUGGAGAACAAUUUCCUCAUCAAGUUGUUAUGGGCUUAUGCUACUCUUUUAUAUAUCUGACUGUAGUAUUUGCGUUUGAUAGGACACUUUUAGAUUUGACGAUAAAAAGCAGCUUCAAUUAUAAAGCGAACAGGAAAUAUAUUGUAUAUUAAAAUUAUUAGUAAGCUUUUCCCCUAGCCUACAAAUUUUUUAUAUUUUUAUAUAAAUUAAUAAAUUCUAAAUAUAAUGAUUUUUUAGAUAAUAAAAUAUAUGGUAUAUAUUGGUUUGUAGGAACAAUGUUUUUGCUUUUAGCAUCAAUCACUGUAUUUGAUAUGAUCACUUUAAACAACAGCGUCAGCUACACAUGAAUUAAAAAUUCCACCAAGCAUUGCAGCUUAAGCUACAAAGUAAGCGGCUCACAAUCCUUUUACUACUCUGCAUGAAUAUUCUAUAACCUAGGCCUCGUCUCAAGCUCAAUGCUUUCUGGAAAAUACAUUUCUAUGUUUUGGUGGUGCACAGAAUACUGAAAACGAUGAAUUCGGUUUUUUAUUGCAGUUGCUACAAGUGUCGGGAUUUAUUUUGCAUUUAGUAAUCAAUAAUUAGACCAAAUCGAUACAUCUGACGUCACAACCACCUAUGUGUGGCAUUACGUUUUCCCUUAUUUUCUAAUGGCCACUGUAUAUGGAGGAAUCCUUCCAUUGAUUUUUGUAAAAAUGCAGUUGGCAAUGAAAAUAUCUCCUGCAGUAGACCAAGAAAAUGAAUUAAUGACACUUAGCGAGAUAGAUUAA